CUGGAGCAUUUGGGCCUAAGAUGGGAUUCAACAGCUAUCAGCAGGCUGUUAAAACCAUGGGGGGAUAAGCCUGGAUUCCCUGAGUGAGCUGAGGGAAUGAUCCAGGCAGCUGGCAUCCUGAGACUCCACAAAGCAGGAGCAGCAUAAUGGAAAAGCAGGCCAUGGAAGCUGAGAAACCGGUCACGCAAGCCUGUGGAAACUGUGCCUCACACAGCGUGGUUGUGCGGGCGGCAGGCAACCGGUGCUAACUUUGGGAGCAGUGUUCCAGGAAGGAAGGCGUGGUCAGCAGGCUCCAGUGCUGGGAAGAGCCGAGAUGCCUCGCCAAUUCCCCAAGUUGAACAUGUCCGAUCUGGACGAGCAAGUCCGGCUGUUGGCGGAGAAGGUGUUCGCUAAGGUGCUCAGAGAAGAGGACAGCAAAGAUGUUAUGUCCCUGUUCACUGUCCCCGAGGACUGUCCCAUCGGACAGAAGGAAGCCAAGGAGAGAGAGCUCCAGAAGGAACUGGCAGAGCAGAAGUCUGUGGAGACGGCAAAAAGAAAGAAGAGUUUCAAGAUGAUCCGGUCGCAGUCUCUGUCCCUGCAGAUGCCAACACAAGACUGGAAGGGACCUCCAACUGUCAGUCCGGCCAUGUCUCCUGCAACCCCUUUGGUCCCUGGAGCUACUUCCAAGCCUGAGCCAGCACCCUAUGCCAUGCCUGAGUACCAGCGGGUCACUAUCAGUGGAGAUUACUGUGCAGGGAUCACUGUCGAAGACUAUGAACAGGCUGCCAAGAGCCUGGCCAAGGCCCUGAUGAUCCGGGAGAAGUAUGCACGGCUUGCCUACCACCGCUUCCCACGGACCACAGCCCAGUACUUGGCUCACCAGGGGGAAAGUGUACCUUUGGAAGAAAGUCUCCCAGACUUCCACCCUCCCCCACUGCCCCAAGAAGACCCUUAUUGCUUGGAUGAUGCACCCCCCAACCUGGGCUACCUGGUCCGCAUGCAGGGAGGCAUUCUUUUUGUGUAUGACAACCAGACAAUGAUGGAACGCCAGGAGCCCCACAGCCUGCCCUACCCCGACCUGGAAACCUACACCGUGGACAUGAGCCACAUUCUGGCACUCAUCACUGAUGGCCCCACGAAAACCUAUUGUCACCGGCGACUGAACUUUCUGGAAUCCAAGUUCAGCCUUCAUGAGAUGUUAAACGAGAUGUCCGAGUUCAAGGAAUUGAAGAGUAACCCCCACAGAGACUUCUAUAAUGUGAGGAAGGUGGACACGCACAUUCACGCAGCGGCCUGCAUGAACCAGAAACACCUGCUGCGUUUUAUCAAGCACACGUACCAGACAGAACCUGACAGGACUGUGGCCGAGAAGCUAGGUCGGAAGAUCACGCUAAGGCAGGUGUUUGACAGCCUGCACAUGGACCCCUACGACCUCACCGUGGACUCGCUGGAUGUCCACGCGGGUCGGCAGACAUUUCACCGCUUUGACAAGUUCAACUCCAAGUACAACCCCGUGGGGGCCAGUGAGCUCCGGGACCUGUAUCUAAAGACUGAAAACUUCCUGGGAGGAGAGUACUUUGCUCGGAUGGUCAAGGAGGUGGCCCGGGAACUGGAGGACAGCAAGUACCAGUACUCAGAACCACGGCUCUCCAUCUACGGCCGAAGUCCCCAGGAGUGGUCCAGCCUGGCCCGCUGGUUCAUUCAGCACAAGGUCUACUCACCCAACAUGCGCUGGAUCAUCCAGGUGCCCCGGAUCUAUGACAUAUUUAGGUCAAAGAAACUACUGCCAAACUUUGGGAAGAUGCUGGAGAACAUCUUCCUGCCCCUUUUCAAGGCUACCAUCAACCCCCAGGACCACCGGGAGCUUCACCUCUUCCUCAAAUAUGUGACAGGGUUUGACAGCGUGGAUGAUGAGUCCAAGCACAGCGACCACAUGUUCUCAGACAAGAGUCCCAGUCCAGACCUCUGGACCAGCGAGCAGAACCCACCCUACAGUUACUACCUGUACUACAUGUAUGCCAACAUCAUGGUGCUGAACAACCUUCGCAGGGAACGUGGCCUGAGCACAUUCCUGUUCCGGCCUCACUGUGGGGAAGCUGGUUCCAUCACCCACCUAGUGUCCGCCUUCCUGACUGCAGACAACAUUUCCCAUGGGCUGCUCCUUAAGAAGAGUCCUGUAUUGCAGUAUCUCUACUACCUGGCUCAGAUCCCUAUUGCCAUGUCUCCUCUCAGCAACAACAGUCUGUUUCUGGAAUAUUCCAAGAAUCCGCUUCGGGAAUUCUUGCACAAGGGACUGCAUGUCUCUCUCUCUACUGAUGACCCCAUGCAGUUCCACUACACCAAGGAAGCACUCAUGGAGGAAUAUGCCAUUGCAGCCCAAGUGUGGAAGCUGAGCACGUGUGACCUGUGUGAGAUCGCCAGGAACAGUGUGCUGCAGAGCGGCCUCUCGCAUCAGGAGAAGCAGAAGUUUUUGGGACAGAAUUAUUACAAAGAAGGGCCAGAGGGCAAUGACAUCCGAAAGACCAACGUAGCACAGAUCCGGAUGGCAUUCCGCUAUGAGACUCUGUGCAAUGAACUCAGCUUCCUGUCUGAUGCCAUGAAGUCAGAGGAGAUCACAGCCCUGGCCAAAUAGGUCCAGCGUUCCACUCCCAUGUUUUGGUUUAGUUUCAAGCGUGCUGUGGCUAAUGGUGGUUAGGGCUUUCGUCUGUGACGAGGCCGCCUCUGGAGAAAUCUCAAACUCCUAAUUUUGGUUGCACCUGAUGACCAUGCCCAUUUUGUUAGUGUUUCUGAGCCGGAUGCUGACCACCUCCCAUGGGGAAGCUGGGAGCUGGCACUUGUAUGUACUUGUUCCUCAUUUUCCACAUUUCUCUUGUGAUUGCCACUGCUUACAUGGCUGAGGCUGGGACUUAGCAAGGUUGAAUGCCAAGUGACACAGGCCUGUGUGGUGUCUACCACACUUCUCUCAGCGUGCCCUGUAGUGUAGUUCUCAUUUCAGCAUCUGGCUGGCUGGCUGGCUGGCUGGCUGAACCUCCCUUCAAAGCUCCCUUUCGUAAAGGGGCUGCCUUAAGAGAAAAUAUGAGGCUCCCCUGCUGAUUUGUUAAGCUCAUUUUUAAAAAUGAGUUUCUUCACCGGUAUAGCCUCUCCUUCUUUCUCGUUAGGAAGCAGUGCACUCACUGAUGCCAUCCCUCAUCUGUGUGUUAUCUUUCUCAUCCAGGGCUCCACGAGUCAUCUCGAAUUGUGUUCUGUGACUCCAUCUCAUGGACCACUCCAGGGCUGGGGAAGGUGCAGGGUGAGGUUCUGGCGCUUUAACAUUGUAUUUUCCUUUUAAUGAAGGCCUUUGAAGAGCACAGGACCAGAGGGUCCGCCCCUUGUGGCUCUAAUGUCCUAUGACUGCAGCUGUUACCACCUCCCCAGGAGUCAGACCAGGGCAGUGACUCUCUCUUAGGAGCACACAGGAUUAGAACCAGGUCCCUGAACCAGUCUUUUCCUCACUCUUCCUUUAGGCUUCACAAGUGUCAGUUUUUUUUUAAUCAUUUUAACAUGGUGCAUUUUAUUUUAAAAAACAGAUUUCUUCAGAAGCUAUCUUGGUCCCAGGACCAGGUAGAAAGGUUUUAAGAUCCAUAUGGAGUUAAAUUUGAUCAGACUACUUAUCUUUGUUACUAGUGCCUAGAACAUAGUAGGUGCUCAAUAAAUGCAUAUGAAACAACUGAAUGACUUUCUCUUUUGGCACCUGUAUGUACAGAAUACUCAAACAUGUUCAAAUACCUUCCUAACAAGUUACAAGGCAGAGGCCCUUCUGAAUCACGGUUGGAUGAACCCAAUUUUAUCUGGAAGAUGCUUAUUUGAUUGUAGAUUAUCUUAUCCUGUGAUUGUCAUUCUCCCAGGGGUCAAUGUGGCUUAUGGAACCAUGCCAUCCUUUUACUAGACAAAUAUGCUGUCUUACAUGGCUGAUCCUGAAACCGAAUGAAAACCUGUCAUCUGAGGGAUUGUUUUUAAAAAGCCUCCAUUUGUAUAUAUUUGCCCAAACAUAGCAAGUAUUGUACAGUUUUUUUUCAUUGUAUAAAAUACUUUUAAAAAACCUACAAAUAAAGUCUCAUAGGACUGUGA